AUGCCGAAUUCGAAAGAUAUGAACACAGAUCUUAUAAAUGAUUUAAACGAUGUCUGCGACUUCGAGGAUACUGUGACGUGGUCGAAAGAAACGAUCGAGGAAAAAUUACCCGAACGAAUCGUUUUUCCUGAAGAAUUAAAUACGUACCUGCGUGAUCGUAUCCGGGAUUUAACUGCGGAGAAUGGUUGCUUGCGUCGAGCGCUCGAAGAGACCGAGGAAAAACUUCGAAUCACGAAGGAAAGCAUAACGAAAUCGCAACUCCCUAUAACCUUAGGUAAAUCCAGUGAAGUGGCAGCAACGAAGAUCAUCGAAUUGAGUAAGAAGUGUAGGGAACAAACGGCUGAGAUCGAGGUAUUCAAAACGAAAUGUAAGACUCUCGAGGGUACUCUGGCCAGCAAGAUGGCCGAAUUGGAAAACUUGAAACAUGAGCUAGCUCGUUCGAAGGAAACACCAGAGUCUCGUAACAAUCGUUAUCCAUGCAAUAACAUAAUCGAGAUCCAGGAUAGUAUCCUUGACAAAGGUACCGAGGAUGUCCAAUCUGUAUCGAAGGAAGACGAGGAUAAGAUCAAAAUUCUGACGGAGAAAAUGCAACAAGUUCAAACGAAGCUUUACGAGUCGAAGAACGCUUAUGCGAGUCUCAAGCAGGAAUUCAACAAAGCUCAAAAGUUACUGUGCAGCGAAGUUGGCGAGAACGUAACAGUGAGUGGAUUAUCCUCGCAACUGGGUGGCUGGCGUGGAAGAGCCGAACAAAUCCGACUGCUUCAACAAAAGGUCUCCGAAUUACAAUUAAAGUUAUCGGAGUAUGAUGGAACUGUAAAAGGAUCUUCCGCGACGUCCUUGGAACGAAAGAAUCUCGCAAAUCUUCGGAAUGCAGAAAAGGAGAGACGACAACAGAUCGAAAAUUCGGCGAAGGAGCUCAGACAAGCAGAGGUUGCGUUGGAAACCUAUAAAAGAAAGCUCGAAGCCUCUAAAGCUAGAAUAAAGGUUCUAGAAAACGAAUUGAAUACGACGAAGGCGAAUAUUGCUGUGUUGAACGAAAAAAGAUAUCACGACGAUCAUUUGAUCGAGGCUCUUAACAGUCGACUUAAAUCUGCUGAAAAUAAAUAUCAAGAACGCGAAAUGGACAUCAAGAAUAAGGAAGAGAAAUUGGAACGCGAAAGUAUCGUUCUGAAAAAUGAUCUACAAGCUGCUCAAAUACAGAUCGAUCGGUUGACAAGGAAGCUCGAAGAACGUGAAAUCGAGAUAGAUAAAUUGAGAGAUGGUAUAAUCCCGGAAGAUUCGAAACAACGUGUUCAUCUAGAAGAUCGAACUGUUAGCAAUUAUCGUACGAGUCCUCCGAAUACGAUUAGAAACUUUAACGAGCCUAACGAAUAUGUCACUAUGGCUAUCGCGGCAGAAGCUGAACGAGAAAGAUUAUUAGAGUUGGUGACUGUGUUGAACAGACGAUUGGACAAGGAGAGAAACGAUGCAAACAAUCUAAUCGAAUCCUUGCAAAACGAACAAAGCAAGGUGGCAAAAUUGGAGUCUAAGCUUCGAAAGCUAGAGAACGAAAAAGCAGGGAUUUCAAAGGUGGACAGCGGCUACAGAGUAAGAAAUCUAAAAUCAAUCUCAGGAUCUCGAACGAGUGAAGAAUCUGCGAAUGCCGAACAAAUCCAUUUCAAGCUCGAAUUACUUGAAGAGGAAUGUCUCGCUUUGAAAGCAAGAUUAAAUACGGUACAACAGGACAAAGCCUCGGACUUAGAGAUAUACAAACGAAUGUUAGAUCAAGCUAGAAAAACUUUUCAGGAAGCAUGCAAGAAUAGAUCACUAGCAACUGCGAGUCGUUCGACGGUCACCGUUUAAUACACACUCAUUAUAUUCUUUAUUAAAAAUUUAUACUUCUUAAAAAAUAAUUAAAUAAAACGAUUUUUUUUUAAUGUA